UUCUGGUACAGAACGUUCCAAUAAAUCGAUGGUCUUUGAAUCACACAGAGAGAAUAAUGCGUAUUACUCAGAAGAAAGAGUCAAAAACAAGCUCCCGUUGGAACCAAAUCCCAAGAAAUCCCAAGAAAUGUUGUCUUCCAUGGCAGUUCCUAUGAAUGGGUUUUUCCUAAGCUUCCCGAAACCUCAGAACUUUGUUGUCUUCAAGGGCUCCAGAGUAUCUUUGUAUGGAUCCUUCUCGGUUUCUCACCUCUUCAAGCCUCCUCCUUCUUACAGGGUCAGAGUAAGAAGCUUUCAGAAAGGAAGUAAUGACUCAGCAAAGCCUCGAGAUAGCGAAGAUGAGAAAUCGAAUGUCAAUGAGAUGCUUAAAAACGAAAAAACCGCAGGAGUUUCUGUAAAGAGAGUCCCAUUCAUAGCAAAGUUAGGUAUGGGGUUAGGAUUGGCUCUGGUUGUUACAGUAAUAUGUCUAACCUUGAAGGGCUCUGGUGGUUCACCUUUUGAGGAGGUUAAGAGUCUUGCCAAAGCUUCAUCAUCAUCUUCAGAAGGCUUUACGUUUAAUGCCUUUGGGAACAGGUUCAUGAUUCCAGGAAAUGCACCCGGAUGGGUUUACUUUUGGUUGCUAAUGGCAGCCGGGUGCGGGCUUUUUAUUAGCGAAGAGGCGCUAAAUAUAUGGGUUGGAAUCACGUUGGCACGGAUGUUAACUCUGGAUGGGACGUGGCAAUCCUUUGUUGAGUCUUUCUCUCGGAAUGCUCCUUAUAUACUGUCUACAGUUUCAUGGGUUUACUGGGGGGUUUGUAUAAGCGAUAUGAUACCUUUUUACCUUGGGAAGCUCUUCAGACAAAGUGGAGCUUCAGAUGAUGUUUGUUCAAAGCUGGGAAUAGGUAAAGAGAAAGCGAUGAGCAUUACUCAGGCUGUUCAAAAGUAUGGCAACCUCUCAGGUUUUGUGGAAAGAUUUUCUCUGGGAAUGAGGAAUCCUACAGCAUUCUUUGCCGGGGCUCUUGGAAUAUCUCCAGAGUGUUUCUUUGCAGGAGUUUGUUGUGGCGGCUUGAUUACUCUUCCACUUCAGCUGGUGUUUGGGUUUCUCCUUAGAGAACGCCCCAUGUUUGCUCUUGCAACAGUAGCAACUGCAGUGGGAAUAUGGACGAUCUUCCCCUAUGUGGUGGCUGCAUCCACGGCUUUGUUCCUCUACAUUCGCAGUCGCUACUCCAGCAAAGAUUAGCUCUUCUUGUUACUACUACUCAAUAUAGAAAGAUGUAAGAUCAUAUAAAAAGAUCAGAUAUAGUACUCAGCCAAUCAAUACUAAUGGCCUAUAUUGUUUUAGAGUAUUAUGUCCAAAGAAUGAAUAUACACACUAACUUGCUCAAUUGACUUUUCCUAGAAACACUGUUUUGUGUUUUGAAUUGUGACAUUUCUUCGAUUUUAUUCACCUGA